GGAAAAGUUAGCCAGAGGACACAACUCAUGGUGACGGUACACGGUGAAAAGGAGGGGGACUCUACUUUUUAUACCAUUACUCGGAUUGUGAUUGCAGUCUGCAAAUGAUAAAAUGCUCACCGGGUUCUCUAUCAGAGUUUGGGAGCCUUUUCAAAGUUGGAUUUAAACAGUGGAGACUGAGAUUUGGACGCUAUGCUUCGCUCGACUUGAGACCAACGCUGAAGUCAUUUUAAGGUGGACAAAGUUUUUGGCUCAACUUUUUGUGUGUUCGCGCGCGGUGGACAUUAAAAUACAUGGACAUUAGUAACUUUACCUUUGCAACUUGUGUGGUUGCUAUUGUCAUGUCUCCAGCGAACCGGGCGCACUGUGCCAUUUAAACGUCUUUUUUUUUUUUUUUUUUUACUUGUUAGACGUUUGCAAACAUGUCACAAAAAUUGGCGGUUACGCUGAGAAUGUAGCAUUAAAUGUCAAAUGGACGGUUAACAAUUGUUACUUUGAGUCGGAAGUGCAACAAUCUGACCUUCUUUCUUACCAGGCUGUGGAUCACCUUGGACUCGAAGCGCGCGUCGGACAUCGAAAGGAAAGUUGGACCUCUCUCCUAAAUGACCACUUGUUUUUGGUUUGGAGUGGACUUCAAAUGAAACUUUCAGUAUGAUUUAAAGGGUAUCUAAUCUAUACGAGGCUGCACUAAUAUUCCAAUUUGCGGGUUCGAGGGGAGAACUCAGCAACUGCGCUCUUAAAACUGGAUACAAAAUGGCGGCGUCCCCGGGACGUUUUGGAUGUGCUUCUCGUUGUGUUAUUUAUUUCUUUUUUUCACUCGAACUUUUUACCACUCAUGGAUUGAGUUCCGAGUUGCACUGUGCCCAGAACUGUACCUGCGAUAGAGAUUCUGUGGACUGCAGUAGUCUGGAACUGACAGCUCCGCCUGCGGAUCUGCCUGUCCGGACGAUUUCCUUAAAUCUUGGCCACAACAAGCUGACUGCCAUUAGCGUAGAAGUGUUUGCCAACCUACCCAAUUUACGAGAGUUGCGGCUGGACCACAAUGAGCUGACCUCCUUACCAGAUUUGGGGCAGGCAGCUUCCAGGAUUAUAUCACUCUACCUACAUCAUAACAAAAUCCGCAGUAUUGAGGGGAUACAGAUCAGAGACUUGGUUUCUUUGGAAACCUUGGACCUAAGCAAUAAUGACAUCACUGAACUACGAGGACACUCCUUUCCUGCAGGCCUUCAGAUUAGAGAUUUGUACCUAAGCAACAACAAGAUCAGCACAUUAGAGCUGGGAGCACUGGACCAUCUCGGCUCCACUCUCCAGGUCCUGAGAUUGAGCCGAAACCGUGUCAGUCAGAUUCCUGUGAGGGCAUUCCAGCUCCCGAGGCUCACCCAGCUUGAACUCAACAGGAAUCGUAUCCGUCAAGUCGAGGGUUUGACCUUCCAGGGUCUUUCUAGCUUGGAGGUGCUUAAGCUACAAAGAAAUAGCAUCAGCAAGCUGACUGAUGGUGCUUUCUGGGAUCUUGCCAAGAUGAAAAUCCUACAUCUGGACUACAACAGCCUGACUGAGGUAAACAGUGGUUCCCUGUAUGGCUUGAGUUCUCUUCAGCAGCUUUUCCUCAGUAACAACUCAAUAACCCGCAUCAAUCCUGAUGGCUGGAAGUUCUGCCAGAAGCUCAGGGAACUGAAUCUGUCGUAUAACAACUUGACUCGUCUGGAUGAAGGCAGUCUGGCUGUGCUGGGCGAUCUCCACACCCUCCGUCUGGGGCACAACUCAAUAAGCCACAUUGCUGAGGGAGCAUUCAGAGGCCUCAGGGCUGUACGCAUCCUGGAGCUGGACCAUAACGACAUCUCGGGCACAAUAGAGGAUACCAAUGGGGCCUUCACUGGAUUAGAUAACCUCAGCAAGCUAACUCUGUUUGGAAACAAGAUAAAGUCUGUGGCGAAGAAAGCCUUCGCUGGCCUUGAGACCCUGGAACACCUAAACUUGGGUGAGAAUGCUGUCCGCUCCAUUCAGCCCGAUGCCUUAAGCAAGAUGAAGAACCUCAACAGCCUUCUCAUCCAGAGUGACAGCUUCUUGUGCGACUGCCAGCUCCACUGGCUGCCUGAGUGGUUGGUGACCCACGGUUUACAGAGUGGUGUUAAUGCCACAUGUGCCCACCCUGAGAGUGUUAAGGGUACCAGUAUAUUUCAGGCUCCAUCUAGCAGUUUUGUGUGUGAUGACCUUCCCAAACCCCAGAUCACUGUUCAGCCAGAAACCAGCGUCACAGUCCUUGGCAGCAAUGUGCGUCUCACCUGUACGGCCGCGAGCAGCAGCUCCUCCCCUAUGACCUUCGCAUGGCGCAAGGACCAGGAGCUGCUUCGACACGCCGAAACGGAGAACUACGCCCACGUGCGCGCUGACUACCAAGGCUCCACAACCGACAGGGCGGGCGGAGGCACCGGUGGCGUGAUGGAGUACACGACGAUCCUGCACCUGCGACAUGUCACCUUCGCACAUGAGGGGCGUUACCAGUGCAUCAUCACCAACCACUUUGGCUCCACUUAUUCCAGCAAGGCCCGCCUCAUUGUCAAUGUUCUGCCAUCUUUUCUGAAGACUCCCAGGGACAGCACCAUAAGAACAGGCCACACCGCCAGGCUGGAGUGCGCCGCUGAGGGCCACCCAGCACCACAGAUUGCCUGGCAGAAGGACGGGGGCACGGAUUUCCCCGCCGCCCGUGAACGCCGAAUGCAUGUCAUGCCUGACGACGACGUCUUCUUUAUCAUGGAUGUCAAGCCGGAAGACAUGGGCAUGUACAGCUGUACGGCCAAAAACACAGCAGGAACUGUGUCUGCUAAUGCCACGCUCACUGUACUAGAAACCCCCCACUUGGCCCAGGACCUUGAGGAUCGCAAUGUGGUCGUGGGCGACACAGUAGCCCUGCAGUGCAAGGCGCUGGGCAGCCCUCCGCCCCGCAUCACGUGGCUACACAAUGACCAGCCCCUGCGCCCCUCCGGGCGCCAUCACUUCACCCCCGGCAACCAGCUGUUGGUCAUCGGCGCCGCGUCGCUGGAGGACGCCGGCCGCUACACCUGCCUCAUGUCCAACACGCUGGGCACGGAGCGCGCUCACAGCCAACUGCUGGUCACUCAGCGCCGCAGCCCCUGCCCCGUGUCGGCCGGACUGAGCACGGUCACCAUCGGGAUCAUUGUCAUCGCCGUGGUGACGAGUAUCGUGGUCACCUCCCUGGUGUGGGUGUGCAUCAUCUACCAGACGAGGAAAAAGAGCGAGGAUUGCAGUGUCACAAACACAGAUGAGACGAUCGUUCCUCCCGACGUGCCGAGCUACCUCUCCUCUCAGGGAACUUUGUCCGAGCGCCAGGACGUGUGCAUCCGCGUAGAGGCUGCCAGCGGACCUCAGCCCAACGGACACAUCGGCGACUCGACAGGUUUCGAUGGUCCAGUCAUGUGCACAGACUGUAUGGAGAGUAAUGACCACUACUCCAAAGACACAGACUACCAGGUGCACAAUUUUGCCCCGGCAGGACUUACCGAGUACCAUCAGCACCAUGCUCCCCCGCCCUACUCUCACUGCCACCCGGGGGAGCGCACGGCACCCCUCUGCAACGGCAUACGAAAGGACGCUCAAGCAAUUUCUGACAACCAUAGCGUGCUGCAAAUGAAUCCGUGCGAUAGAAAAGCGAGCAGAGUGGGAGAAACACCGUCUGCGUACAAGUCGCAGGAGGAUUCUUUCCACCUUCCAGUGAAGUUGCCGAGUCGAGGACACCUCGAUAGUGACUGCGAGCCUGAGCUCAGGCAGACGCUGCUGUCCAACAGACACACCCUAAAUGCCUCGCCCAACGAAAGUGCUUCACCUGAGGAGAGCCAGCGACUAGCGGUGGACUCGCUGUAGCUCCGUGAACCUUUUUUAGUUGUCUUUCUUUGCACUGGGAAAUAAACUGCUACCUCAUAUCGAGGCGAAGUGCUCCCAAGCCUCCUGGAUCUUGGAGUGCCGAGGGGGGAAUCCGGAGUUUGAAGGCGGAGCUUGUGUGGGUGGCGUCCCAUCUGAGCGUAUGUGCUGUACAUAGUUUAAAAACCUUCCUUUGGGAGGUGACGAGUAAGAAUUCUAGCUCCAAAAAUGUGACUUGCAUUUGCGGCAAAUAAAUGUAGGGAACCAUGUACAGUAUGUGAACGUGCAGGGACAGGAGACUGUACAUAAGAGUUUUCUUAUAGUAUAUCUUUUACAAAAGAGUAUUUGGAUUUAUGUGCAUGACAAAGAAAGGAGUGAUAGUAUUUUUAUUCAAAAGACAAAACAAACAAACAAAAAAAAAUGCCCUUUUUCAGUUUUUACCAACAGUCAGCUGCGGUGCCUUAUUGCAUGGUCAAAGAAAUCAAUGUGUAAUAAUAGCAUAUAUGAGCUUUUACUGAGAGACACUGGUACACUAUUGCAAACAAAACACUUGAUUGCACUUAAAUGUUUUCUUUUCUCUGCCACCAGUCACAGCCAAAUGAUCAUUACUACUUUCAUUAUUCAUGGAUGUCGUAUGACGGACAAGCCUUUUGUGGAAACGAUGUCGGUGUGUCUGAUUGUCGGAGGCUGCCAACGAAAGCACUUGUUGGCUCCUUUCAUGGUCAUGACAUGAUGUCUUUCAGCAGGAAUGUAAUAUAUUCUCGAACAAGAAGCUUUGCCUCUUGACUUUGGGUCCUCACCAGCUCCAAAGGUUGUCAUCUGAACUGAUUCUCUGCUUAAUACUGACUGUUGUAUGUUGUGUUACUGCUGUAAAGUGAAUUCAUAAGAAACAGCCAAGUUCUCAGCAUUACCUUGAUCUGAACUGUGACCCUAUCAAGGUAAACAGGGGGGGGGGGGGG